ACCUGAUGCAACAGGCAGGUGACCCAAUACGGGAGUCCAGUGGUGACUCAACACCCAGAGUCCAGCCUCCUGCUGACCCGUGUGUCCUGGGGCUUGUCUCUAGCCACACCUCUUGUGUGCCUGAGUGCCCAGAUUGCCACCCCACCACGGAUGCAUUUCAGUCAUGCCAGAACUCAUGACACCUCUGCCAGAGCUGCCACCUCCUCACCUGACCUCCUUUGGAUGGGACAGGACUGCCCCCUUCCAAACAAGCCAGUUCUGGGCCCUGAACACCUUGCUUGUGGACCAAAACAACUGGCCUCCUGGGCUAUUCCACCUGUGUACUCCCCUGCCCUGGCCCACCCAUGGAGGCCCCAGGACUGGCUGUACACGGGGAGACUGCACCCUUUUCCACAGCACUCCGGAGCCUCGUCAACAACCCCCUUUACAGUGAUGUUUGCUUUGUGGUCGGUCAAGAACAGCAGGAGGUGUUUGCCCACCGGUGCUUGUUGGCCUGUAGAUGCAACUUCUUCCAGAGACUUCUGGGCCCGAAGCCAGGUCCUGGGGUGCCUAGCCCCAUAGUGUUAAGCACCAUACCAGCUGAGGCCUUUCUGGCAGUGCUGGAGUUCCUGUACACCAACAGUGUCAAACUGUACCGCCACUCUGUGCUGGAGGUGCUCACAGCAGCUGUGGAGUAUGGACUGGAGGAACUGCGAGAGCUGUGCCUGGAGUUUGUGGUGCAGGUGCUGGACGUGGACUUGGUUUGUGAGGCACUGCAGGUUGCCGUAACCUUUGGCCUGGGACCACUGCAGGAGCGCUGCAUAGGCUUUAUAGAGGCCCACAGCCAGGAGGCUCUCCGGACCCGUGGCUUCUUGGAGCUGUCGGCGCCCGCGUUGCUGCCCCUGCUGCGCAGCGAUGAGCUCUGCGUGGACGAGGCUGAGCUCGUUUUGGCAGCCCGGAACUGGGCGCGCGUGGGUGCGGCGGUGCUGGAGCGGUCUGUGGCCGAGGUGGCGGCUCCGGUGGUGCGGGAGCUGAGACUGGCCUUGCUGGCCCCAGCGGAGCUGAGUGCCCUGGAAGAGCAGAACCGGCAGGAGCCGCUCAUCCCGGUGCGGACCGGGAACCAGGCUCAGGUGGAGCAGAUCGUGGAGGCGUGGAAGUGCCACGCUCUGCGGAGAGGGGAUGCAGCCCGGAGUGCCCCGUGCCGCCGCCGGAGGGGCACUCUGCCCCGGGAGCACCACCGGGUUCUCAACCAAGAGCUCAGAGAGUAGAGAGAAAAUUAUUUUUCCUCUCUGACAAGACCCAGUUGGUUCAGCUCCUCAACAUCUCCAUUGCCCUCUCUGGACAAAAUGCAAUUUCAUUUUCAGGGCUGUAACUCCGGGGUGAAAAUAUUUUCCCAACCUGGGGCAAAAUACCUUUGAACUGAAAUCAGCCAAAGGGAGAAAUAAAGUGGGAGAAACCUGUUGAUUGCUUACAAGCAGUUGUCCACUUCCACUCGGCCCUCUCGCCACUCAGGUGAAAAAAAGGGACCCUAUCCAAUCUCAGGUCCAGAUAUGCCCUUGCUCCCCCUUGUAAUUAACUAUUGAUAUGGAGAUGGAUUUCUUCUCUCCAUCCCUUGGAAACACCUAUUCAUAAGGAGAUGGACUAAGGGCAGGCUAGAGAUUCUGGAAAUGCUGCAAUUUUACCCACAUUACAAGUGGUUUCAAAGGUUAGCAGCUCUUCUCUCUACUACUAUUGCAUAAACUCACUGGUCCUGGAGGCACUAGUCCUCUAGCUCUGGAUUUACUUAGUAAUUGAAGACUCCCCAUGCCACCUUUCAUUCAUUAAAUAUUUUGUCUUCCUAAGGAUCUGAAUCUCCCUGGACCUGGGACCUGGAGUGGUGCCUUAUUCACUUCUGCUUCCCCAAUUCCUGUCACAUAAUCAGUGCUCUGUGAUGUUCAGUGAUGACUUUUCCUUAUUUCAAUGCUGUUUUAUUCCAUAAAGGGUUUAAAGGAGCUGUAAAACAGGAUCCUAUCAAUCUAAAAUGAGGGACAUUUGACUAUUUGGAAGAAAGUAAAGCUAGAUUGCUCUUAGGGAUUUUAUAUGAAAUGUGCAUGGAUUAGAUAGUUAUUUGGCAUUAUUUCUCAAGACUGAAAAUGUGGCUACCAGCAGUACCACUUCAUGACGGCACUGUUUGGAUAAUGAAAUUGAAAACAAUGUAGAUGUCUUAGAGGACUGGUUAAAUUACCUAUGGUAUAUUCCUACAAUGAUACAAAAAUAUGUCUGUGACCUUUGGUGACAAAAGCACACUGCAGACCCAGUAGAGCAUUUCUUUUGCUAAAGAAAAAGUUAGUGUAGGAGAGGCAAAUGUUUUCCUUUCCUCUGAGGGACCCUGGCUGGGUCUGAAAAUCAAACUGACAAAGAUUAACAGGAGAAAAGCAUACACAUGGUAAGUUUUACAUGACACAGGAGGCUUCAUGAGGAACUGACCAGAAGAAAUGGUCCAACUUGAGUAUUUUCAUGCUGGCUUUGAGGAAGAGAGGAGUCCUGGAGGAAUAUGAUGGGUUAAAGAAUGUGUAGUUAAGUGGAGGAAACCUAGCAAGGCUCAGUUAGGAUUCUUCUGGAGUCUCGUUGGAGAUGAGGAUGGCUCCCUUCCUCUCAGAGUAGAGAGGGCACCUCUCAGAGGAGGCUCUUAUGACCUGUUUGAAGGGAGAAAGGAUGGUGUGGAAAUGGAGUGGGGAGGGGAGGUUGGAGUGCCUUUCUUGUUUUCUCAAAUUCCUUCAGCUUAAAAUAUUCAAUAUGCAAAGGUGCAAUAUUUUGGAGUACUGUAUGCUGAACCCCACCAGUAACACACUGAUUAAGAGUAUACUAUACCUCUUCUACAAGUAGUGACUCUGGCACCUUACUACACUGAUGGAUGAUGACUUCAGUGGGGCAUGGGGGGACUUGAUAAUAUGGCUGAAUGUAGUAACCACAAUGUUUUUCAUGUGAAACUUUUGUAAGAUUGUAUAUCAAUGAUACCUUAAAAAAAAAAAAAAGAGUAUACCUCUUCUGGAGCCAGGUUGCUGUGUGAAUCCCAGGUCUACCACUUCCUGGCCUUGUGACUUGAGUGAGGCUAUUUAACUUUUCCAUGCCUCAGUUUCCUUAUUUAUAAAAGGGAAAUAAUAACAAAAUCUAUUUAGGAUUUUUAGUAAGGUUGAAGUAAUUUUGUAAAGUGCUUAGAACUGGUAGUGGGACAGAUUAAAUACUGUGUAUGUGUUGAGAAAUGUGCUCACUGGUCCAAACUUAGUAAGUGGACACAGAGAC